AUGAGGCGUGCAAUUUCGGACAAGCUGGUGCCGGCGUUGCCCGCCGCCACCGCAGCAGUCUCAAAGUCCAAAGUUCGAAAUAGCAGCAGCUCUGUGGAACGUUCCAAAAAGCAGUCAUCAGCCAAGCACCACAUCAGCACAAAAAUGGAGGUGGACAGUAGUAGUUCAAAUUCAAGGGCUGAGGUGAAUCCUGAAGUUAAGAUAAAAAUUGAAGACGAAGAUGAGCCAGAGAAGCCGCGUGCCCUCACCACCUUCAAUCCGCUGAUGACCUGCAUCCUCUGCGGGGGCUACUUUGUCGAUGCGACCACCAUCGUCGAGUGUCUUGAUACCUUCUGCAAGUCCUGCAUCGUCAAGUACCUGGAGGAUGACAGCAACCCCAAGAACUGUCCCAUCUGCGAGACGGCCAUCAACAAGAACAAGCCGCUGCUGUCGCUUCGAGAGGACAAACUGAAGCAGGACAUUGUCUACAAGCUGGUGCCGCAGGCCUUCAAAUGCGAAAUGGAAAGGCGGCGUGACUUUUACUCGACGCACAGUGACGCCGAGCCAAAGUCGGACGAGGACGCCGGUCGGCUGACCAAUCAGCUCAACACCUACUUCAGGCCGUCGGACAAGAUCAGCAUGUCGCUGGAGUACGAUCUUCCAAGUGACUACCAACGCAAUGGACAACAGAGCAAUAGCGCCGGAACGUCGGCGUCACAAGCACCGCCGCCGCCGUCUUUUCAGCAUCCAACGGGCACUAGCAAUAGCAAAACUCCAACCGCCGCCUCCAAAGGAGGUCUUGUGACCGCCUCCAAGUCCUCGCCCACGGCGACCAAGUCAUCUCCGGUGGCCAAUUCCGCUUCAAAGACGGCAGCGGUGGCCGCGGCAGCAGCAGCAGCCAACCUGGCCGCCGAAACGGAGUUCAUGAACAAGCAGCAUCAGCAGCAGGUGGUGAAUGACGAGAAUGAGGAUCCGAACAGCAAUACG